AUGUCUGGCCUCGUUUGUUCCGAUGACCGCCUCGUUCAGGGCAGGAUGCAGCACACAAAUGCCUUACUGUGUACCAAAAAUACUUUUGUCACUAAUGACGGUAGUGCGACGGACGAAGAGAACGCACGGGUCCCGAAGGCCGGAACUGCGUCUACCAGGUUACACCAACUGUGGGGUCAAAAACGCAUCUCAAAGGACGCGCAUAUCAAGUCACAUUACGGGCUGUAUUGUUUUAGAGCUGGGAGCCUAAGCAACUUUGGCCGGAGGAUCUGCGAUAUUUCCAGGUCUUUGACCACGAAUAUUUCAAGAGUACAACUAAGAUCGGCUGGAACCAGAUAA